GGGACUAAAAAACACACAUACACACGAACCCAGAUAUAAAAACGGGCGUGCGUACUUUUCCGGCAUCAUUCGAUUCGGUGUCUUGUAACCGUGUCACUCGAACACCAUGGGGCUGAGGACAGGCUUGGUGCUCCUGGCGAUGCUGUGGGCUGUGAGCGCGAGGCCCCAGCGGGAGAGCACCGGGGGAACAGCGGGGGAGGCUCCAGGUGCUCCUCCACCUGAGGGUUUCCAGGCGCUGAUCAACCGCAUCUCAGUCCGCCUCAUGUGCGCCGGCAAGGACGUCCCAGACUGCGAGAGCAUGGCAUCAACUUGCCUGACGGAGUACGGCCUCGGUUCAGAUGGCGAGCUAGACUUUGAAACAGCUUGCCAAGGGAAGAACCAGUUGCUAUGCUACACCAAGAUCAGCGAGUGCGUUGAACUCCUCUCCGUGGCGCCUUCAGCUGGACAGCUACUAGUCUCAGAAGUGUGCACCGGCAAGAUGACAGAGGAAUGCGCACAGGACACAGCCGAGUGCAUGUCCCUGCUUUCUCCGGGACCAGGCGGAAGUAGCGGCUGUUCUCCGAGUUCUUCCCCGACUGACACCGCGACCGACACCCCGUGCACAGCAAACGUUCGGAAAUGCAUCGAGCUCCUGCUGCCGGAGGAAGGGACCGAGGCAGCAAGACCUCCUGUUACCGAAAUAACCGCCGUCGUGCCUUCUUCUGCGACCGUUCGAACACCUGCCGAAGAAUUGGCGGCGCUGACCCAAACCGCCAUAGCAACAACGGCGUGCCAGGCGAGUGACCUCCCGAACUGCCAGACCCAGUUGAAGGAAUGCUUCACCUUCUUCGGUUUCAGUACGACUUCAAGUACAACUUCACCGGAUUUGGAUGCUAUCUGCGGGGGUGCAGUGACCCCCCAAUGCCUUCAGACGGUGGCGACCUGCUCUGAACUAUUACCCCAAGCAGCCAGCACAACUCCUGAGCUUCCUGUUGUCCUGUGUUCCCGGAUGAGUGUGCCCAACUGCCAUUUUAAGACUGUGAAGUGUCUCGCCUUAUCGGGUCCUGAGCCGGAUUUGAGUUUUUGUGCUGACGAUAGCAGCUGCGAACCCGAAGUGGCUGACUGCGUGGAACACUUCCAGCAAAGUCUGAGUGCUCUAGUUCCUGAGACUUCCCAGAGCACCGUGUCAAGCGUGUCACAGAGCCCAGUACCGGGUGUGUCAGAGAGCCCCGUGCCAACAGAGACAGAGAGCCCCGUGUCAGAGGAAUCACAUAGCACAGACCCUCUUGGCUUUAUCGCUGAGAUUACGAAUAGCAUCUUGGUUUUCCUGUUGUGCGCUGGGAAGGGAAAUGAACAACCCAAUUGUCACAAAGAUGUAGAAGAGUGUAUGUUCAAUCUCAGGAUUCCUCCCCCUGGUUUUGGUCCUCCAGUUGACAAUGAGACGUUAUGCGAGCCGGGUCUGGACGCCGAAACCUGCGCCAAGAAACAAAACUGCCUCUUCUUAUAUACGCCAAAACCAAAUGCUACAGACCUCUUACCUCAAGACCUCUGCCGCACCCGGAACGUCUCGAACUGCGAAGAACGAGCUGUCCUUUGUCUGGAGGUUUCCGGGCUUGCGGGCCUCAGCAAGCUUCUGACCGGGGUUCCAGAUGAGUUUCCGGAAGACGCCCGGUCUCCUUCGCAGGCACCGGGGAUUUUCGGCCCGGGAGAAGCCCUGCUGAAGCCUACCGGGCCCUCUGAGGAGACCUUUCCCGAGCCACUCGGGUCUUCGCCGAGUUCCCGUCCCGUUGCGGUUCCUGAGGAUUUCGACCAAACGACAUGUCUGGAGGUCCUAUCGCCUCGGCCCCUAUCGAGCAGCGGCCCAACGACGACCACGACAGACCCAGCAUCCACAUCCACAAGGGGACCAACAUCCACAACCACAAGACCACCAAGAUCCACAACCAGAAACCCACCAGGAUCCACAACGACGAAUCCACCAACAUCCACAUCGUCGAGGGGACCAGGAUCCACAACCACAGGACCACCCCCAGCAUCCACAUCUUCGAGGGGUCCAGGAUCCACAACCACAGGACCCCCAGCAUCCACAUCCUCGUCAUCCACGCGGGAUCGAGCCACGCCAAAAACCACAGGGGAACCAGCCACACCAAAACCCACAAGGGAAUCCACGCAGGAUCGUUUUCCUGAUGUGGUUGAGGAAGAGGAGGAGACACCGGGGGCCGAGAUCCUGUGUCCCAAGGGCGGCCUGGAGUGCCUAAGGAAAGCCGAGGAGUGUCUCGAGAAACUGAAACCCGACAGGUACUUUCUCCGGGAGUUCUUCAGUUGCAAGGCAGAGGUUGGCCGAAGAAUGAAGGACUGCAUGAAACCGGCCAUGGAAACCCUCCUGCAGAAUGUCGCACCGCGGGGGCUUCAGACCCCCAUGCUCGAAGCCUUUCCCAUUUGCUUCGAAGAAAACGACUUUGAGGGUAUUCGACUUUGCGAAGCGAAAACCUGCAUGGAAGUCGAAGCAUCGUAAGUGGAGCUUCGGGGCUUCAGAAGAUGCUUCAUACCAGCGUUCGAGACAGAGAGAAAGAGAGAGAGAGAGA